GCGAAGCAGUUGGUGUUUUGUUGACAUGUCUGCCGCUGGUCUUUAAUGAUUGUUCCUGCGGGUUCUGCUGUCAGAGAGCGUCCUCCUUUCACGACCCCACCUGAUGGAAAACCCCAGAGACCUGGUGGAGCGUCAGUCCCGGAAGCGGCGGGACUCGUUCGGAAUGCUGGACGGUCUGGAUGAGGACCGGAGCAGCUGCAGCACCGAGUCCAGCGGGGGGAGCGGCGCCUCCAGUCCCGAGGACAGCGAGGACGAAGAGUUAGGAGGAGGAGGGGUCACUCAGCUAAACCCCUCCUCUUCACUGACGCUCAUCAAGACCAACGGUCAGGUGUACACGUACCCUGACGGGAAGGCCGGCAUGGCGACCUGUGAGAUGUGCGGCAUGGUCGGCGUCAGAGACGCCUUCUACAGCAAAACCAAACGUUUCUGCAGCGUCUCGUGCUCCAGGAGCUACUCGUCCAACUCCAAGAAGGCCAGCAUCCUCGCCAGGCUGCAGGGAAAGCCUCCAACCAAGAAAGCCAAGGUUCUGCAGAAGCAGCCUCUGAUGACCAAGCUCGCCGCCUACGCUCAGCAGCAGGCCAACCAGCAGGGCGGGGUCAAGAAGAGCGUGUCCAUGGAGCUGUUCGACUGGGGUCGUUACCUUGGAGACGGAGAUGUAAUGGGAGCGCCGGUUAGCUGUUUCCAACAUGUCCCGAUGGGAAAGUCGUGGGGAGGCAUCAGCGAAGGCAUCCGGGUCGAGGUGCCGAACACUGACAGCGGGCUGCCCAUGAAGGUUUACUGGAUCGCUGGCAUCAUCAAACUGGCUGGUACACACACACACACACACACACACACAGACACACACACACCUCUGGUGGAACAGGUGAUCGGCGGUCGUCUCCGGCUCGUGUACGAGGAGUGCGACGAUGGGACCGACGACUUCUGGUGUCACAUGUACAGUCCUCUGAUCCACAGCAUCGGAUGGUCGCGAUCCAUUGGACACCGCUUCAAACGAUCCGAUGUGUCGAAGAAACUGGACGGUCAGAUGGAUGCACCUGGACAGCUGUUUGCCAAAGUGAAGGAAGUGGAUCAGAGCGGCCACUGGUUCGAAGAUGGGAUGAAGCUGGAGGCCAUUGACCCCCUGAAUCUGUCUGCCAUCUGCGUGGCCACAGUGAGGAAGGUCCUGGCAGACGGGUACCUGAUGAUCGGCAUCGACGGCUCGGAGGCGGCCGAUGGCUCGGACUGGUUCUGCUAUCACUCCACGUCUCCCUCCAUCUUCCCCGCUGGCUUCUGUGAGAUUAACAACAUCGAGCUGACGCCGCCUAGAGGUUACUCCAGUCUGCCCUUCAGAUGGUUUGAAUAUCUGAAGGAGAGCAAGUCUGUGGCUGCACCGGUGAACCUGUUCAACAGGGACGUCCCCAACCACGGGUUCCGCCCCGGCAUGAAGCUGGAGGCCGUCGACCUCAUGGAGCCGCGGCUCGUCUGCGUCGCCACCGUCACGCGCAUCGUCCACCGGUUGCUACGGAUACACUUCGACGGCUGGGAAGACGAGUACGACCAGUGGGUGGACUGCGAGUCGCCCGACCUGUACCCGGUGGGCUGGUGUCAGCUGACCGGCUACCAGCUGCAGCCUCCGGCUGUCAACGCAGGCUCCAGAGACCUGCAGUCAGCAGCAUCCAAACAGAGGAAGAAGUCUCAGCAGUACAAAGGACAAAAGAAAAAGAGGAAGCUGCCCAUCGCUAAGCGACCCGUCAGCCUCUCCGGCACCAUGGUAACAGGUGUCCCCAGGAGCCUAUCGGGAGACGAGAACGAGACUCCGCCCGAUUACCCGUCACCCCCUCCUCCGGCCUCCGCGGCCCAGCCGCCCUCUGCCGACCUGGAGAGCAGCCCCCGCACUGAGGGGGGGGCAGGAGUCAGAGAGGAGAACGCCAGAGGCCCCGAGUUAUCUUCUCACAGGACUGAAGCAGAAACACUCAGAUCCUCCGCAGACUUCCUCAGCAGCCGGGACCAGCAGUAGUCCAUCCUGUCCCCUCCCACAAAUAUGUGAAAUCGUCUACUGGUGACCUCCAACGUCGGACGCUCCUCCGAACCUUCCAUGUAAAGAACUCUUUAACUGUGUUUGGUGAUCUGAAAAUCGAACCCUGUGAGAGAAGAAGACGCCGCAGUAAAAACAACAAACAGCUUUUAUACGACAGUUUUUCCAACGCCGAGAUCUCCACCGUUUGUAGUUCUAACGUUAAACUGUUGAUGUAGUCAUAAAAACACUGUUUCAGUGUGAGCGGCUGGAUUAACGACGAUGCCACGUGAAGAAGGAAA